GCAAGUGGAGAGAAUUUGAAGGGAUUUUAUCAUGAGGUCGAAUGUGUGGCAGAUAGGAUGGAGAGUGAAGGUGAUGUGGGUUUUGGUACACACCGUGGGGGUAGGAGGACUGUUGUUCUUGGAUUCUAACCUGUAUAGGAACACUGUGGCUUAUUCUUGGUGGGCAGGGAGUUACUAUGUGCUGCUGUUGGUAGUUGUAAUUCAGUACUGCUGCACUGCUGGAUCUUCGCCUGGAUAUUUGGUAGAUAUGUUGAGUGAAGAUGCCGAAUAUGAAAUUCGUGCGAAAGCAGCCGUACAUGGGAAUUCCAGAGCCUCCCAAUCGGUAGUUGAAAAGGGUUGUAGUUCAUAUGGCUCGUUCAACAGCAGCGAGAGCACUCGAACAGCUUCACGGAUUCUCACAGAAAAUGGGAAAGGUGGCCAUCCCUCUGUUUCAGAGACGAGUCCAUUGCUGAUGAACUCAGCAAAUGUGAAGCGGGAAUCUGAUGGUCGCCAUUCAGUCAGAGCUCCCAACAGCUUGUCGCUGGUAUGCAAUGCUGACCGCUGCCUUUACUGCCAACAUUGGCAGCCAUUAAGGGUCAAGCACUGUCACGACUGCGACAAGUGCGUGCUACGGUUUGACCACCAUUGCGUUUCGUUGGGGACAUGCGUUGGACAAAGAAAUCAUAGGAAAUUCUGGUGGUAUAUCUUCUAUGAGACAGUGCUGGUAAUGUGGACUAUAGUUAGGUACAUCUCGGCUUUUGGGAGGAAUACUGGGAGUUCCUCGUUGCUGGAGAAAAUCGCUGUGUUGGUCUUGAUAAUAGGACUCAUCAGCACAGAGUGCUUCCUGGUAACUCUACUUCUGUUUCAUUCCUUCCUGAUACUAACCAACCAAACUACAUAUGAAACGACAAGGCGACAUCGCAUUCCUUAUCUUAGGACUUUACCUGAAAAUGUGCAUCCUUUCAGCAAAGGCAUGGAUGCCAACUUAAGUUCUUUCUGCUGCUCACCGAGCUCCGAGUACCCAAUUUACGUACUCCCAAGCCGAGAGGAGUUACAGAAUAUGGUACACCCAUUGUGUUGCUUUCAACUGUAAGUAAUUUUGUUGUGACCCCUGCUUUUGCUAGCUUCAUGUUGUCCGGGAGUUGAUUUUAGAGUGGAAUUAAACCCCCUGUAAACAUGUAAUAGAGGAAUGUAAGAUGUUCCUUGCACAUUUAGGUUGCAAAAGGAUUACUGGUCAACUUAGUAUUGUCAAGCUCCAUGUGAGGUUGGUAGAGAAUUUAAAUCCUGUUGAUGUUACAUAUCACUACAAAGAUUAUGGCAUGUGGUCUAUUGAUUUAUGUUGCCCUUGGUUAGACAAAUUCCUCCUGCCCAUGAAACAAUGUAACAAUAAUAUUAACAUUAUAUGCCACUCCAAGUUAUUUCUUUUUGCA